AUGAGAUUAAUUUUUAUACUUUUCUACUAUUUAUUUAAUAAAAUAUUCUCAUUUAAUAUUGAUAUUUCAUCACCAACAUAUAAAGUUGGUCCACUCAAUUCACAUUUUGGUUUUUCUGUUGCAGAACAUUUUAAUGGAAAAAAUCCAAUACUUUUAAUUGGUGCACCAAAAGCUAAUUCAAGUCAACCAGGAACUAUAUCAGCUGGGGCUAUUUAUUCAUGUCCUUUAAAUAGUUAUUUUCGAUAUAAAUCAACAAUUAAUGAUAAAUGGUGUUCUCAGACAUAUGUUGAAUAUCAAAAUAAAGAAAGAUAUAAGUUACCACCAAGAACAAAAGAUGAUCGUAGUAUUACAAUAGACUCAAAGGGUAAUGAUUAUCAACUAUUAGGAGCUUCUGUAUCUUCAUCUGGUAAAAUUAAUGGAAGAGCUAUUGUAUGUGCUCCUUUAAAAAGAUAUCAUGAAGGUGUUAGUUAUACAGAUGGUAGUUGUUAUGUUCUUGGAACUGAUUUAACAUUAACAUCUAUUGUUCAUAAUUGUAAUGGUGGAAGAUUAUCUAAACAAGAAAGACAUAAUAGUUAUGGUGCUUGUAUGCAAGGAUUUAGUUCAUCAAUUGAUGAAGAAGUUAUAUUAACAGGUACUAUUGGUGCUAAAGCAUGGACAGGUGGUGUUCAUGCAACAUUUGUUGAUAAAUCUGAUGAUGUUUUUUCUAUUAAUAUUGAUAGAACAACUCUUGGUUUUGAGGAAAGAGAAGGUGGAAUUAGAGAAAACAAAUUAUUUGAAAAAGGUGAUUAUGUUGGAUAUAGUGUUAAACAUGGAAGAUUUGGUUUUUGGUAUGAAGAUAAAAAAAAUUUUACUAUUGUAUCUGGAUCAACAAGACAUAAUCAAAGUGGUUCUGUAGUGUUUUUUCCUUUUAUGAGUAUUCAAGAUCAAUCUUAUGAAGAAAUGUUACCAACAAAUGAUGGAUUUAUGUUAAAAGGUAAACAAAUUGGUAGUGGAUUUGGAUAUUCUAUUGAAAUUGUUGAUCUUAAUAAUGAUGGUUUUGAUGAUCUUAUUGUUGGAGCACCAUACGAAUUUUAUAUUGAUGAAAAAGGUAGUGAAUUUCAUGGUGCUGUAUAUGUAUAUUUUUCUUCUGGAAAAUUUCAAUCAAGAGAUCAAAAUGAACUUGUUUUUAAAAAACCUAUUAUAUUAAGAGGUAAUCUUAAUAGAGAUGAAUAUGGAUAUGAUGAUUUUGCUGUUGGCGCACCAUUUGAUGAUAAUGGUGCUGGAGUUAUUUAUAUUUAUUUUGGUAGUAAAGAUGAAAAAAGUUUUAACAUAAAAGCUGCUCAAAUUAUUUCAGCUUCUAAACUUGGUAUUUCUCCAAGACAAAAUCCAUUAAAAAGUUGUGGUUUUUCUUUAUCUGGUGGUAGUGAUAUUGAUAAUAAUGGAUAUCCAGAUCUUUUAGUCGGUUGUGUUUUAUCUGAUACAGUUGUUGCAUUAAGAUCAAAACCUAUUAUUAAUAUUAUUACAGAUCAUUCAAUGAUUAAUACUUCAUUAAAUAUUGAUGGUGGUAUUAAUUGUCCAAAAGGUUCAAAAACAUGUUUUGAAUUUACAACUAUCUUAAGUAUGAAUCCAAGUUAUUCAAAAGAAAAAUUAGUUGAUUAUACAAAAGAUGUUUUUAUUUGCCAACUUGAAACAUUACCUUCACAGUUAGGUGUUGAUAGAAGAGCUAAAAUUUAUGGUUCAAAAGAUGGAUAUACAUUAAAUUGGGAAUGUGGAAAAAAUUUAAAUAAACAAUCACAACGAAAAUCUCAUAAACUUUUUAUAUCUAAAGAUAAUACAGAUUGGUUAAAUCCAUUAAAAUUAAAAUUUAGUGUAAGUAUUAAAGAUCAAUCAAAACCUACAUUACCUAAUGAAGGGGAGCCUCUUAUAAAUCUUAAUAAUUAUCCAAUUUUAAAUAAAUACAAUUCAACUCAUGAAGUUUUAAUAUCAUUUAAUAAACGUUGUGGUGAUGAUGAUAAAUGUGAAUCAGAUUUAGAAUUAGGAGCUACAUUUUUAGAUAUAUCUCAAGAUAAAAAAGGAAAAUUUGUAACAAGAGUUGGUGAAAAAGAUUCAAUAAAUAUUAAAUUUAUUGUUAAAAAUAAAGGUGAAAGAGCUUAUGAAUCAAGAAUGUAUCUUCAAUAUAAUCAUGAUGAAUUAGAUGUUCCACAAUUAGAUGGUACAAAAAAAUUAAGUUCUGUUAAUAUAGAAAGUUAUGAAAAUAAUAUAAUAAUAUUUUCACUUGGUAAUCCUAUUGAACCAGGAAAAAUUAUAACAUUCCAUGUGACAUUUAAAUUAGUUAAAUCAGAAGGUCAAAGAACAAGCAAUAUUUUAUUUUUUAAAGCUAAUGUUAAUUCAACAAGUAUUGAAAAAAAUGAUAAAGAUAAUAUAUGGGAAGAAGAAUUAGAAAUAAUAAAAGAAGCUGAACUUGAAUUAAGUGGUGUAUCAUCUCCACAAAUGAAUUAUUUUGGUACAACAAUUGAUAGUUUACCUGAAUCUGAAUUAAAAUAUGAAGAAGAUAUUGGUCCAAUGGUUAAACAUCAAUAUACAGUUACAAAUAAAGGACCAUUUUAUGUUAGAGAUGUUUCUGUUGAAUUUGAUUGGCCAUUUAGAAUUGAUCAUGAGGAUGGUGAAAAUAAUUAUGCAUUAUAUCUUCUUGAAACUCCGACAAUAAUAGAAGCAGAUAAAUCAAUAAGACAUUGUCUUGUUGAAGAUGCUUAUGAUUAUAUAAAUCCACAAAAAUUAAUUAUCGAUCCAAGUUUAAAAGUUGAAAAUAUUAUUAAACAAAAAGGAAGAAAUAAAAGAGAAGUUGAAGAAGGUAAAAUAUUUAAUAUACCAGAAAUAAAAAUUUCAACAAAAGGUUUUCUUGGAUCUAAAGGUUUAGAACCAAUUGAGGCUACUGAUUCAAAUGGUUCACCUAUAAUGAUUGUUGAUGUACAUUAUUAUUAUACAAAUAUUGAAUAUGUUCAAAUAUCUUCCUCAGGAAGAAUUAUAGUUAAACCAGAACAGGGUGUAGUUGAUGAUCAAUCAAAUAAUUUUUUUACCAUUAGUACACAUGCAUAUCCUGAUAGGCCUAAACUUCAAACUCAAGAAGUUCCUAUUCUUCCAAUUAUAUUAGCUAUAAUUGUUGGUUUAUUAAUACUUGGAGUAAUUAUUUUAAUAUGUUGGAAAUGUGGUUUCUUUAAAAGAAAAAGAGCGGGUGAUGGUCCUUUACUUCAUAAAGCUGAAUUACAAUAUGAAAGAGAAAUGUGGCAUGAAAUGCGAUAA